UCUUCAUUUUCUCUGCUAUCAUCUUCGUACUUUGAUCGCAAAAAUCAACAAAAGAAAAAUAGCCCAACUCAAAACGACGACGAAUCAUGCCGCCAUGCCAGCCACCCUUCCAAGUUGAACUGAACUCCGUUUGAAAAAAAAGUGGAGAGAGAGAGAGAGAAGAGAGAGAGAGAGCGAAGAAACCGAGAAAAAAAGCUGCGUGUUACAAAAGAGAAAGACUUUUGAAAGGUGUUUUGUGUUUCGUGUGUUGGAAAAGGGAGAAAAUGAAAACUUUAAACGUGGGAGAAAAUCAAAAGCAAACCAGAAUGUCGGAAGUGAAAGACCCGGCGAUCAAGCUCUUCGGGAUGACGAUCUCUCUGCCGCCGGCGCCGGCGCCGCCGCAAGACGACGGCGACGUUUCCAAUUCUGUUACGACGCCUUCACAUGACAACAAGAACACUUCAGGAGUAGAACUUACGGGCGAUAAGCAGGAAGUUGAAUCCCCGGUUUCAAUUGCUGAAGAGUCGGUAGAAGCAGUAACCUCUUCGGUUAUUAGUGAAGAUCCUCCGAGGACGCAGAGUCCAGAUAAAGGAACAGGGUCCUCGAAAGAUAUCAAGAAGGAUGACCCGAGUGAAUCGAGUGACUCUCAAGAAAAGACGCUGCUUAAAAAGCCCGAUAAAAUUCUUCCAUGUCCCCGCUGCAAUAGCCUGGACACCAAGUUCUGCUACUACAACAACUACAAUGUCAACCAGCCCCGCCAUUUUUGCAAGAAUUGUCAGCGGUAUUGGACUGCCGGGGGAAUAAUGAGAAACGUUCCUGUUGGUUCAGGCCGACGCAAGAACAAGAGUUCUGCUGCUACGAAUUACCAUCAUAUAAUGGUUUCUGAAAAUGCAAAUGGAGCUGUCCUUGCUUUUGGCUCAGAUACGCCCCUUUGCAAAAAUAUAACGACUUCCAUGCUGGACCUUGUUGAGAAACCGCAGAAUUGUGGUCCAAAUGGAAGAUAUCGUGGAUCUGAACAAGCUCCCGCUUGUUAUGGUGGGAGGGAUACCGGAAAUAAUGAACACUCUAAUGGGCCUUCGAGUAUGUCUAUAGAGAGGGGAGGUAACGGGGCUGGUGUAACCGAAUCAAUGUGGAAGAACUUUCAUGGAUUUCCACCUCAAGUACCGUGCUUUCCCGGGCCUCCACCUUGGCCUUGUUCGUGGAAUCCCGCUCUUAAUCCUUCGAGCUUUCCCGUGUCGUUUUACCCAGCUCCAGCAGCGCCCUACUGGAGUUGUAGUCCUUGGAAUGUGGCGUGGAUCUCCCCGUCAUCUUCUUCUGAUCUCUCAGCCCAAUGCAGUAGCCCGAUGUCUCAAACAUUGGGGAAACGUUCCCGAGAGGGACACAUUCUCAAAUCAUCAAACAGCAGCACGGGAGAAGAGCCUUUAGGGAAGACGAGAGAGAAUAGAGGGACGACGACUGUACUGAUCCCUAAGGCUCUUCGAAUUGAUGACUCGAACGAAGCAGCAAAGAGCUCUAUCUGGUCCACAUUAGGAAUCAAGAACGAAAAAACCGAUUCACCAGGAGCAAGCCUCUUGAAGGCCUUUAGCUCAAAAGCCGACGAGAAAAACCCUCACGUGGCUGAUCAUUCUUGGUUGAUGAAAGCCAACCCUGCCGCCUUGACUCGAUCACUCAACUUCCACGAGAGCACGUAAAAUGCUUAACCAUUGCAACUACCUCGAAUUGUUUAAGGUAAUGCAGCUGCCAGUAAAGUCAUUUCAUCACCGAGAAUCGAGUAUAUAUGUUGAGUAACACUUGCCAAGGGGAAGAGCUCUUACUAAUCCUUUCAGUUAGUGACUUUUUUUGUUUGCGUUUUGGCAGCGCUAUGUGGAAUGCUGCUUCAAUUUCGAUACGAGCAUAUAUAGUUUGUCAGUGUGUUUCAUGUACAUAUAUAUAUAUAUAUCUUUAACAGGCGACCUGAUAGGCACAGAAAUAAGAGAGAAUCUUGAUUGCACUAAAGCAAAGAAAAGUUUUUGCAGUCUGUAAAUGUAAAUGUAGUAUAUCCUUGGCCUUGGUAUCCUCUUUUUUUGUAUCUUUUACUGACUGAAAGUGGCAUUCAAGAUAUAUAUAUCAUUUGCAAUUUUUUCUUGUGAUCA